UGAGCACAUGGGCAGAGGGACAGCAGUAUAAAAGUUCACGGUGGGAGCAGUAUGCUCUUCACUGAACACUGAACAGGCUUCCACCAAGAGAAACACACAACAGAUUAUUGCCACCCGCCACUAUGAUGUGCUUGUUGAAAUCAAUUGGAGUAUCCCUCAUCCUGUCCAUACUUCUGUACAUGGCAGACUCUUAUCCAAACAGUGACAUGACAAACGUGGGCUGUGAGGAAUGCAAACUGAAGGAGAACAAACUAUUCUCAAACCCGGGCGCCCCUGUCUACCAGUGUACAGGCUGCUGCUUUUCCAGAGCUUAUCCAACCCCACUGCAGUCUAAGAAGGCCAUGUUGGUCCCAAAGAACAUCACCUCUGAAGCCACAUGCUGCGUUGCAAAAGAAGGGGAAAGGGUGGUGGUGGACAACAUCAAGCUGACGAACCACACAGAGUGUUGGUGCAACACCUGUUAUCACCAUAAGUCAUAAACUGUCUGAGGCCAGAAAUAUCCUUAUCGCAGAAGUAAAAGCUUGGCAACAGAUACUAGGCAUUUUGCACAACUUAUUCCUGAAGUGUUUUAAGAGAAAUCACAUAUUAAGAGGACAUUGGUUGCAUUUAAACAAGCAGCCCAAUUCUGUUAUUUUUUUCCAGUAAUUGGUCUUUUGACCAUACACCUCAACUCUUCUCACAUCAGAUAUUUUUCCAGGGUUGAUCUGAUUAAUCAAAAGACCAAUUGGUAAAGAAAAUAUCAGAAUUGGGCUGCCUGCAUAAACCCAGCCAAUGUCAUCCACAAAAGGUGAUAGUCUGCUGAGAAUAUUUAUAGUGCUCUUAAUAUAUUACUGUCACAAUUAUGAAGUUGUAUUCCUGUAGCCUACUGUGUUGAUCAAAUGUAGACUUUACUAUAUGAAUUGAAUACUGAUUAAAAUGUUUUUCAGUAUUUUAUUACGUUGUGUCCUCUACUUCUUUUUUUGAGCAACUGAUGCCUUGAAGUAAAACCAAUAUUUAUGGGUUUACGAAAAAGUAAAACAAAUAAUAGUUUCUCUCCCAAGCCACACCAUACUCAAUAACCUAUGGAUCAAAACUCAGGAUUUUAUCUUCACACAGCUGCCUCAGGUAGGCUUAGAAGGCUGUUACACAGGCAGCCCAAUUCUGAUAAUAUUUUGUAUUGUUAAUUUGUUUUUUGACCAAUCAGAUCAGCCCUGAAAAAAAUAUGAUCUGAAAAGAUCUGAUGUGAUUACAGGCAGUUAACCCACUGUUCCCAGGCCGUCAUUGAAAAUAAAGAAUUUGUUCUUAACUGACUUGCCUGGUUAAAUAAAGGUACAAUUUAAAAAAAAUAAAAAAUAAUAAAUUAAAUUAGUCAAAAGACAAAAUUAGUGGGGGAAAAAAAUAACAGAAUUUGACUUUAACUGCUGUCUAUUCUUAUUCCGUGGAUUACCCCAACAAGAGAAGGUCACAAGUGUUUCCCUAAAAACUGUCUGGGUUUAAACACCUUCUAUUGUACAGAAAGUGAAUAGCUUAAUCAAUUGAUAGUGACAGAAUUAGAUUACUUCGCAAGCAAAGUCAAUUUUUUGUCUCCUCAGUUAUGGAAGGUUAUAGCUCAGCUUCUGAGUGUCAAAGAAACUAAACAAUGAUAUCCUUGUUUCUAGCAUAAAGCAUAGUGGAUCAAAGAACUGUUAUAGGUCCCUUUAUUUAAUCAGAUCUGUUUAAUUUUCUUCAAAAUCUUAAGCUAACAAGGGGUAAGUCUGUGUUUUCUGCCAUUUUCUUUAAUAAACUGUAGGCCAAUGGCA